CGGCCAGGCUGAGCGGCGGACCGCGCGACCGGACGAGCAGUUCUCGCGGGAACAGGAGCGCUAUUUGAGCGCAAGCGCAGCGCGCUCGCUUCUCUUUUCCGGUUCUCGCCGUCGCCGCCGCCCCAGCAGCCAUGAGCAGCAAAGUCUCUCGCGACACCCUGUACGAGGCGGUGCGGGAGGUCCUGCACGGGAACCAGCGCAAGCGCCGCAAGUUCCUGGAGACGGUGGAGCUGCAGAUCAGCCUGAAGAACUACGACCCCCAGAAGGACAAGCGUUUCUCGGGCACCGUCAGGCUCAAGUCCACGCCGCGCCCCAAGUUCUCGGUGUGCGUCCUGGGGGACCAGCAGCACUGCGAUGAGGCCAAGGCCGUGGACAUCCCCCACAUGGACAUCGAGGCGCUCAAGAAGCUGAAUAAGAACAAGAAGCUGGUCAAAAAGCUUGCCAAGAAGUACGAUGCCUUUUUGGCCUCCGAGUCUCUGAUCAAGCAGAUCCCUCGUAUCCUGGGCCCAGGCCUCAACAAGGCUGGCAAGUUCCCUUCCCUGCUGACACACAAUGAAAACAUGGUGGCCAAAGUGGACGAGGUCAAGUCCACCAUCAAGUUCCAGAUGAAGAAGGUGCUGUGUCUGGCUGUCGCUGUUGGCCACGUGAAGAUGACCGACGAUGAGCUGGUCUACAACAUCCACCUGGCUGUCAACUUCUUGGUGUCCUUGCUCAAGAAGAACUGGCAGAAUGUCCGGGCUUUGUACAUCAAGAGCACCAUGGGCAAGCCCCAGCGUCUGUACUAGGGCGCCCCAAUAAACCUCAGUGCUACCGUA